GGUGCUCUAACAAACGCUGCAUCGUUUCAUUCUUGAUAUAGUUCACAUCUGCGAAGGUUUUUUUGCUCUUGUUGUUACUGCCUUCUUUCUGUUUUUGAUAUCUCAAGGAGACGUUGAAAGGUCGCUCUCUCCUUCGUUGUACAUCAUUACUGUGUUUUCAUAGCGGCUUGGCAUUUCUCAUUCGCUUGCAGAGGUCAAAAACUGUCGUCGGCAGGUUCAAGAACACCAAAAAAGGUCGGAGCACUGUUCCACAAACACACACAGGGAGAGACCCGCGUUGAAACUGCAGUAGAAAACAAGUAAAGCAUCCCGUGAAGCCGCCUGUUAAAUGGCUGCUCCUGCCGCCGCAUCGCCGAGUGCCGCUGUGGUGGAGCGGAGAAACCUAGUUACCCAUAUCGGCAACCGCGUCAAUGUCACCCUCGACGACGACAGCAUUCUCACUGGACGACUUGUUUCGCUGAGCGCGAGCGGAAACUUAGUUCUUACGGACGUGGAGCGGCAGCGGAUGCUCAAGCGUCGCCGCAGCCGCGACGGCGUCCACGAAACGGCACGAGAGUGUUACGCAGCUGUGUUGUUUGUGCGCGGCGGCAGCGUCGUCUCCAUCGGCUACAACAGCGGCAUAACAACGGACAAGUCUGUAGUGGAUCACAUUGGCGGCCGCGAGGCGAACAGCUCGCGCAUGGUCCAGAUGGCCAACGCGGCGCCGUCGACGCGGACACGCAAUCACAUGUGA